GAAUGGGACUCACAAUAAACCUGCCAUUAAUGCCCUCAAACAGCGCAGUGACUUCACUCUUAUGGCCAAGAGAAUUGGGAAAGACUUGAGCAACACAUUUGCCAAGCUUGAAAAGCUUACAAUUUUGGCCAAAAGGAAGUCUUUGUUCGAUGAUAAAGCAGUGGAGAUUGAGGAGCUAACAUAUAUUAUUAAACAGGACAUCAACAGUCUGAAUAAGCAGAUAGCGCAGCUGCAAGACCUCGUACGAUCCCGUAGUGGGCAAAAUGGCCGUCACAUCCAGACACAUUCCAACACAAUUGUUGUAUCCCUGCAGUCCAAGCUGGCAUCAAUGUCAAAUGAUUUCAAGUCAGUCCUUGAAGUGAGAACAGAGAAUUUGAAGCAGCAGCGCAGCAGAAGAGAGCAUUUCUCCCAGGCCCCUGUCACGGCCUCUCCUCUGCUCACCAAUAACUUCAACAGCUCAGUUCUGAUGCAGGAUGAGUCCAGGAGUCUUGGAGGAGAGGUGGCCAUCGACAUGGACUCUAGAGCAAACCCUCUGCAGCUGCAGCUCAUCGAUGAACAGGACUCGUAUAUACAGAGCCGAUCGGAUACCAUGCAGAACAUCGAGAGCACCAUUGUGGAGUUGGGCUCCAUCUUUCAGCAGUUGGCGCACAUGGUCAAAGAGCAGGAAGAGACGAUUCAGAGGAUCGAUGCCAAUGUGGAGGACACCCAGCUGAAUGUGGAAAUGGCCCACACCGAGAUACUGAAGUACUUCCAGUCCGUCUCCUCCAAUCGCUGGCUCAUGAUCAAGAUAUUCCUCGUUCUCAUCAUCUUCUUCAUCAUCUUUGUGGUCUUCCUCGCCUGAGAAGGAACGACCCUGAGCAUAAGGAGGGAUGAAAACGGAGCCAAAGGGUUUGAAGGAUGGACUUAUGGGCGAAUGUGCAAAAUCACAAGUGGACUUGUGACUCUUUUGGGGGGGGUGAAGGUGGAGCUGAGGUUUACUGUGUAUUUAAACAGAGAGGAGGGUGUUCUGAUUCACUCUGUUCUCUUUAAGCUUCAUCUACAUCUGCAUUAAUAUUUGAGCCUUCAUUUCUUAUUAAUAAUCGCAUAUUAAAAGAGAAGGCUUUUUCCCAAGUGGUUUGAUUCUCCAAACUGGUUUAGUUUGUUUUUCUCAGACAGUGUUGUCCGUAAUCAGAGAUAACAUUUUUACAGUAAAUUAAAUGUGACCUAAUUCUCCUCAUAAAAUAAGCCUGAUAAUAAUAAUUCCCCCGUUAAUCUUUAUUAAUGUGUUUUUAUAUCAAAGACAGGUAAUUAUUUGCCAUUUAUGGGUGAAUCUCACAA